AUGGUAAAUGACAGUCCAAAUAACUCCAUAUUGACGUUUUCACCUCUGAUGACAACCAAGAAGGUCAGAGAUCAUUUUCAGACGCCAAACCAGAAAAACACCAAAACUACAACAGUACAACAGAACCAGAACACACAGAGAUUAAACAGUGCACAAAAGUCGCAAUUUUUCCCCCUGCCGAACUCGUAUUUACAUCAAUCUUCACCACAGAAUGCUCGGCUUAUAAACUCCAUCAUGGAAGAUCCAAAUGACGAAACCAACAAUAAUACUGCGGAGGAGGUGAAGAAUGUCAUGAAUUCAACUACACAGGUUAACGAGGAUCCAGAUAAGUCGGGUCCCUACACGAACAACAUAAACAACCUAGAAACAUCGACAAUAGUAGACAUGAACCAGCCGCUGACACAAGCAGAUAAACUACGGCUUUGGAGACACGAUGCAUUGUUACAGCAUCAUUAUAAGACUGCAGUAUACAUUGGAGACAAGAUUUUAUCUCUUACGGGAGAUCCAAAUGACGCAUUCUGGUUAGCACAGGUGCAUUAUUCUUCAGGGAAUUAUCAAGUAGCAAGAAAUUUACUACUGGGCCCGAAAUUUGAAGAUUCAAUUGGAUGCAGAUAUCUUGCUGGUCUUUGCUUGUAUAAAUUGGAUAAAUUGGAUGAAGCCUUGGAUAUAAUAGGUGAAAUCAACCCCUUUAAAAAAGAUCACUCAAUAAGAAACGGCGAUGGAGGUAUUAAGCUUGAAGCAUCCAUGUGCUAUCUUCGUGGUUUAGUUUACAACAAACAGAACAACUUUGAGAGAGCAAAGGAAUGUUUCAAGGAAGCAGUUCUUGUGGAUGUGAAAUGUUUUGAGGCCUUUGACGAGCUGAUAUCGAAUCACUUGUUAUCUCCAGAUGAAGAGUGGGAGUUGCUGGAGUGUCUCAAUUUUGAUGAUGCAGACAACAAUAACGAGCUGGUGAAAAUGUUAUAUACUACAAGGAUCAACAAGUAUAAAAAUUUAAAGAUGUUUGAAGAAUCAAAACAACGUUUGAUUGAGGAGUUCAAUUUGGGUGAUAAUAUCGAUGUUUUGCUAAGCCAGGCAGAAUUGUAUUUUAUUCAAUGCAAAUUCCAGAAAUGUCUAGAAUUAUGUAGUACCAUUAUUGAGAGAGACGAAUUAAACAUCCCCGCCCUAUCAAAAUAUUUAAGUUGUCUUUACGAAGUAGGAGGGAAGAACAAAUUGUUCUUAACAGCUCACAAAUUGGCUGAAGAUUAUCCCAAUCAUUAUAUAACGUGGGUUGCAAUUGGAAUUUACUAUUUCUCAAUAAAACAGACAGCAGACGCUAGGAUGUUUUUCUCCAAAGCUUCCAUAAUAAACCCCAACUUUGCUGCAGCGUGGAUAGGAUUUGCUCAUACUUUUGCAGCUGACGGAGAGCACGAACAAGCUAUAAGUGCCUAUGCGACGGCAUCGAGAUUAUUCCCGGGAACUCAUUUGCCGAAUCUUUUUCUCGGCAUGCAGUACUUGCAGAUGAACAACUACACCUUAGCAUGGGAAUACUUGAACUUUGCAUAUUCAGUAUGUUCGAGUGAUCCACUUCUAUUGAAUGAAAUUGGUGUUUUAAACUAUCACAAAGAUGAACUUCAACGAGCCGAAUUCUAUUUAAGGAAAGCUUUGGGCGCAUCAAGGAGCUUAGAAUACGGCUCUAAAUCUUGGUGCUCAAUUCAUUGCAAUUUGGCACAUGUUUAUAGAAGAAUGAACAAACUUGAGAAAUCAGUGAUGCACUUUAACGAGGUUUUGAAAAUAUCCAAAGAUGAUGUCAAUAUUUUUUCCACUUUAGGACUAAUCUACCUGAAAAUGGGUAAAAUAGCUAAUGCUAUUGAAUACUUGCAUAUCGCCUUGUCUAUACAACCUACCGAUUCAAUAGCAACAGAUUUAUUAGAUAAAGCAUUGGACUUAAAUUUGAAGCUCGCCAAUAAGAAAAUGUUGGACAAAUCACUCUCCGAAGGAACAAAUAAAGCCAAUUCAAACUUGCAGCAGCAGAAAAACUUUUCUGGAAUUUUAGGGGAAUUCAGCGGCGGCAACAAGCGGAAUAGAAAAGGUCUUGGGAGAUACCAAAACGAAGUUGAUGAUGAUGAUGAAAUCAUGGAUAUUGAAAGUGAGUAA